UUCUUUUCUACUAGUGACUUUAGCUCACUCUCACACCAAAAGUCCAAAACACACCUAUAUAAAGCACAACAUAUAUUAGACACACACACACAUAGGAGAAGAGUAAAAAAGAAAGAAAUCUAGAGAGAGAGAUCUAGAGAGAGAAAGAGAGAAUGCGUAUGAUAUAUGUGUGUGAAGAAGAAGAAAAAGAAGUAGGAAGGAAGAAAGCAUCAGGGGCAUGUCCAUAUUGUGGAGGGACAGUGGAGGCUGUGGAUAUUGAAGGCAAAGGCAAGCUUUUUUGUUUGCCUAUUUGUUUGAGGUUUAAAAUAAAGUAUAUUUGUUCUUUAUGUUCUAGGCGACUUGUUUUGUACCCUUAAAUUAUUCGAUCGAAUCAGUAUUCAGACUUCUAGCUUGUUUCUUUGGCAUUGAUGUUGCUUCAAACAUAAUUAAUAUUUGGACUUCUAGCUUUGCACUUUUGGUCAAA